AUGAAUCAAGCGGCGCACGCCUUGCACCAAGUAACUGUCUCUCUCGACUUUGUCAAGGAAAUUCUUCCGCUUGAACCAUACGCAGGUCUUGAAUCUCCGCCGCAACUUGUGUAUCAAGAUCAAAUUGAGUGGAUCGCUAACCACGCUAGAAACAACAUCCCAUCCUCUUUCGUCCUGUCACAAGCAAAAGCUAGUACUUGGCAACAAAUGCUCGCUAACAUCGAGAUCAUUAACAGACUUCGUCAUCCGAGCGUGGACGAGGCGUAUAUCCAAUGGAGAAGUCAGAAAAUGCUUGUUAGACGUCUUUGGCCUGAUACGAAAUUUCCGGGAGUGGACCCCGAUGAGGUCUAUACGCAAGUCCGCCGUAAAUACUGCAUCGCAGCCAAAAAAUUGGUCUUCGAUAAAGAACAAUAUAGUUUGGAUGAUAGUGGCGCUCUGAUCUAUCUAAACGAGACUUACAACAAAAAACUCACCACAGCACGAAAAGCAAAGGCUAAGCAGAGUAAGGAGGCUGCGCGGAAAAUAGAUGAGGAAGAUGCUUUUGUGAUUGUGGAAAUGGAUGUCGGGGAUGAGGAAAAAUGCGACUAG